AUGACAUCCCCAGGUCUUUGGCUCCUGGGCUUCGCGUUGGGCUUCCCCUUCAGCUCUGGGGCAGGUCCAUAUGCUGGAAAGUCCAUCCAGCCGUUCAGCAAAGACAUGUAUGGGUCCGUCAGCUCCACACCAAGCCAGAGUAAGUCUCCACUAAGAGGCGGCAGCACCGAGGACCAGACACUGCCUCCAGAAGACCUGGGAAAAGGGGAAGCCGAACAGACUCACCUGCUGUCCCGGGACAAGAAGAAAAAGGUCAAAUAUUCAGUAGAGAACCACACAGGUUUAAGGAAGGAGCCCAUUCAGGAUGCCAAGGGCUUCCCUUCCGAGAGCCGCCAGGAGAGCAUUCUCCCCGCCAUUAACUUCAGUCAAACAAACCGAAUGCACACGGAUAGGCUGCAGCUGAAAGCAGCCAACAGCAUCUCUGCCUACUUCCGGCCCCCUGCCUAUUCCCAUCGCCAGGGUAGACUGCUGGCAGAAGCUCACCCUUUCAAGAACACAGGGUCAAGCCCCGGGCAACGUUCUGGAAGUUUGGAUCGCCUAUAUCAGCCUGGCAAGAUCAAUCCCUAUGACAAGCCCAGCCGUUCGCUCGGAAAUGCCACCGAUCCCUCCUGGCUCACAAACCGACAGGCGUCAAGCUUGCCGUAUCACCACAGUGUCUCAAAGAAUGAUGCUGACAAUACAGAGGUGUGCCUGACAGACUGCAGGAGGGAACGUGAAGAGGUGGAGGCAUUCUGCAGCAGCGAAUUCGUGGUGAAUGGGAUUGUUCAUGAUGUCAUCAUGGUUCAUAAAGGAACGAGUUUGGUGACACUGUUGGUGAGCAGCAAUGGACUGUACAAGAUAAAUCGCUUGUACUUCACCCCUGAUGGCUUCUUCUUACGAGUUCAUAUGAUGGUUGUGGAUACCUUGAACUGCAGUAAACCCUGUCCGGACUUUAAACUUGGAAGCAGAUACAUAACGAUGGGUCAGAUCUACCACAGGAGAAGACAGCUGCCGGCAGUUCUGCAAGAGCAUGUCAGAGGGCACCUGAGGCCAGGAGAUGGGCUUCUUUGGAGGGGCAGCAGCUACAUGAAAAGGUUCAACAGAAGGCGGCAUCAGAAAGUUCAACAGGCAGCUCACACCAAAUGUGGGUGAGGAUGUACAGCUCCUCUGGGACUGAAGCAGGUUUGCAGCUGUUACUAGAAGAAGCCACGGCUUUUCCCGCUUCUCUGGAAAAAGGCUCCAGGUCCUCCCUAAAUGGCGGAAGGUUUUUUGUUUCUUUUGCUGUGGCACCCUAACGACUAACCAGGUUAUUGAGACAUGAGCUUUCAUUGGCUUCAGUAAUCUACCAACCAACACAGAAUCCACAACAAACCUGUUUGCAUUUCGAGAUUGAGCUGCGGUUCUGGAAUUCGCUACUCUUCAUGGUCAACACAUGCUUUGAGUUUCUUACUCUCUUUCCUGUUUAUAAUAUACUUUCACAGCGGUAUUUCUACCUGUCUCUAACCAUAGUCCUUCAGUGGAUUACGUAUUUCAUCAAAACUGAUUAUUUUCAUCUCCUGGGCAAGCUUCUACAGGUGCAAAUCAACAUGAGAAGAACAGUUCCAAGCUGAAGAUUUAUGUGAAAAUGAUGAAACGUGAUAGUAUAGGCCCACUUGCUUCUUACUAGGCAUCUUCCAGUUGUUGUCCUGAAUAAUUUCAUUCUCAAUUCUUAAAACUAAAUCAAGUUUAGGCAUCUAACUAUUCCAAUUGGCUUGCCUGCUAUGUACUUUGCCUGAUAAAAACUACGAUUUGUUAUUAUCCAAACUCUGCAAUAAACAGCAUAGGAAAUGCAAGCAGUCUACAAAAACAGCUCGAACGGAAAAUCAAAUGAUGGCCACAGUUGCCAGCAAUAUCCAUGCUUCCAUGAGAAACUGACAGUUUUUGGCAUUAAUAUUGGGGAGUUCACAUUUUAAAAUAUGAUACAUUCUUUGGAACAAUGAGAAAUGCAUGUGAUUAAAAAUAAACAAAUGUAUAUAAUUUUAGCUACCGCAAGUAAACCUGCUUAUGGAAUUGGGCUUUCCCAAUUCCACAUCCACACUAUAGUACUUUGGAGAGUGGUGUUUUAGCACAAGCCAUUCCAUUAUUUGCCUUCCUUUUUGUUUGUUAACAGAAGUAAUUUAUGGUGGGAGUUUCUGCUGACCCGAGAGUACACAAAGCUUAUGCAGUCAUAUUCAUCCUCAACUUCAAAUUUAAUAGCCACGAACUAAGCAGAACAUUGGGUGAAUGUUGUAGCUCUCAGGCCAGAAGGUAAGCGUCUUCUGUUAAUAGAUAUUUUUCCUCUGGCAAUUGUAUAAAGAAAUUAGGUACAUAUAAAUCAUAAGCAAAAAUGCAAAGUUACCUGUUUUGGGGCAGUUUCACGAUUGAUCUCACAAAGGCAACUGCUUUAUGUAGAAAACAAUGCAUUCAAACAUUUUGAGGAAACAUUGAGAGUUGAUAACUGAAUGUUUGGAGAAAACUAGGCCUGUGUUCUCUACAACAGCAAUGUUUCCAAGAUGUAGUUACUAUUAAGAGAAAGCAAUAUUGUUAUCAGAAUGGUCCAAUUUAGUAACAGGCCAUAUGUAUGCAAUGGGAAAAAAUGCAGCUCUUCAGCUCAAGUUUCAGGAAAAAAAAAGACUUUGCUUGAUGAGAGAUGGAAAGGGAAUGGAAGGCUUCAUAAGCACUCUCCCCCAUUGUAGGGUUUUGUUUUUAAAAAAGCUCUGACUGGAAUUACCUAGGAGAGCUGCAACCUUAUACCAGCAAAACAACUCAGAAAUGUCUCCUCGUUAGAUCUGUCAUGAUUUCAUAACAGGUUAAUGCAUUUUAUUAAUGGAAGGAAAGGAGUUGGUUCAGAUUGUGUGGGGAAAUGGCACACUUACAAUCAAGAUGUCAGAGUUGAAUUUUUUCCAAGAUAUCUUGAAUGAAGGCAUUUUGUCAAAAGGAGACUUCCUGGCAGCAGCCCAGACCAGUGGGAGGACAGGGGGCAGCCUGCAUACAACUAUUCCCUACAUUUAUUCCAUUAGACUCUUUU